AUGUCCGACACCAACCGCUCCCACGCUACCGGCGGCUCUGGCAACUCUGCCGUCCCCAAAAAGGUCCAGGAGAAGGCUCCCAAGGGCCUCGAGGAGGCUCUGCCCGACUCGGUCCACCCCACUGGCAAAGAGCCCGGUCAGUCGACCAAUAAGACGCAUGCGCUCGACAACGGCAACGACUCCAUUGUCCCCAAGAAGCUCCAGGAGGUGCUCCCCGAGAAGGUCGAGUGUGCCGUGCCCAAUGCCAUUCACAACACUGGCGACGAUAAGUAA